AAAAUAAUCUCACAGGGAAGGAAUGCAUCAUUUGUUCAAUCUUCGUUUAGAACUUUCUCACCGAGUCUCCAUUAAUAAAUCAUUGAACUUUCAUUAACAAGAUUCUUUUCAAAAUACGGGAACGAUGCUCUCUGCUGUUUUAACCUCCUUCAAUUUGUACAGUUCAGGUCUGUCUUUACAGUCAGCCAUACCGUAAGAUACAUUUCCAAGGGAGGCAUAUUAGGGAAAUUUUAGACGCGCUGUUUAAAGCUCAGCUUGCAGAGAAUUAUCGAAAGCUUGAACUGCAGAUUUUGGUUGGUAGUUUCAAGGUGCGCAAAAAUGGUGCUCGCGCAGUUAGGCGGGAGAAUCUCCCGCGCCAUCCAGCAGAUGAGCAAUGCCACCAUUAUUGAUGAGAAAGUUUUGAAUGAAUGUCUGAACGAGAUAUCGAGGGCGUUGCUGCAGGCCGAUGUGCAAUUCAAGAUGGUCCGCGACAUGCAGAUUAACAUUAAAAAGAUUGUCAAUUUGGAAGAUCUCGCUGCUGGCCACAACAAAAGACGGAUCAUUCAACAGGCCAUUUUCAAUGAACUCUGUAAUAUGCUGGAUCCUGGGAAACCUCCUUACACACCCAAAAAAGGAAAGCCAAACAUUAUUAUGUUCGUUGGUUUACAAGGUUCUGGGAAAACUACUACUUGUACAAAGUAUGCUCACUACUACCAAAAGAAAGGUUGGAAGCCAGCUCUUGUCUGUGCAGAUACUUUUAGAGCUGGCGCAUUUGAUCAGCUGAAACAGAAUGCAACAAAGGCCAAGAUUCCCUUCUAUGGCAGCUACACAGAAACUGAUCCUGUAAAAAUUGCUGAAGAGGGUGUAGAAAGAUUCAAGAAGGAAAAUUGCGAUCUCAUAAUUGUGGAUACAAGUGGGCGGCACAAACAAGAAGCUGCACUUUUUGAAGAAAUGCGCCAAGUGUCUGAAGCAACGAAACCAGAUCUUGUGAUAUUUGUGAUGGACAGUAGUAUUGGACAAGCUGCAUUUGAUCAAGCUCAGGCGUUCAAGCAAAGUGUUUCUGUAGGUGCUGUAAUUAUUACUAAAAUGGAUGGUCAUGCAAAGGGUGGUGGUGCACUCAGUGCUGUUGCAGCAACAAAGAGUCCUAUUAUAUUUAUUGGGACUGGCGAACACAUGGAUGAAUUUGAAGUUUUCGAUGUCAAGCCAUUUGUUAGUCGGCUUUUAGGCAUGGGAGACUGGUCUGGUUUUAUGGAUAAAAUUCAAGAAGUUGUUCCUAAGGAUCAACAGCCUGAACUCCUGCAAAAAUUGUCAGAAGGCAACUUCACCCUACGAAUCAUGUAUGAGCAGUUCCAAAACAUCCUUAAAAUGGGACCCAUUGGUCAGGUUUUUUCAAUGAUACCUGGAUUUAGUGCUGAGUUAAUGCCUAAAGGUCGUGAAAAAGAAAGCCAAGCACGCAUUAAAAGGUUCAUGACAAUGAUGGAUUCCAUGACUAAUGAAGAACUUGAUAGUGCAAAUCCGAAGCUUAUGACAGAGUCACGAAUACUGCGUGUGGCACGUGGAUCUGGUCAUGCUCCGAAGGAAGUUAUGGAUAUGCUAGAAGAGUUCAAACGCUUAGCCAAGAUCUGGAGCAAGAUGAAGGGACUCAAAAUACCAAAGAAGGGUGAUAUGAGUGCAUUAUCUAGGAAUAUGAAUGCUCAACAUAUGAGCAAAGUUCUUCCUCCCCAAAUGCUGAAGCAAAUUGGCGGCAUGGGAGGCUUGCAGAACUUAAUGAAGCAGAUAGGUUCCAAAGACUUUGGAGGUAUGUUCGGUGGAGACAAGUAGGCCAAAUAGAGAGCAUUGGUAAUGAUGAUAGUUAUUCUUUCCAUCUAUCAACAACUGGAUGCACCAACUGCUGCAUAUCUGGCGCUUGUAAUUUACCUUCAUCUUUGCUGAAAUGCUAGUGAUCUCAGUAAGGUCUGGUCUGUACAGUUUUUCCAGAAAAAUUGAGCCUGUAACAUUUCAGCAUUGACUUUAGUAAGCGUGUUCAAUUUAUUCUCUUUCUAAGUUGUAUCAGCCUGUCCCUCUCUUCUGUAUUUAUGGUUCUACCUGUGAGGAUUGUGCCGUGUCACUUUUUUAAUUCCAUGAUGUUUGAUGGUUUGCUAACUUUAAAACCAUCUGCAUAACAAACAUUAGUUGAGAUUAAUUUGGUCAUUGAGAUAUUUCCAUCUUUGCCUGUUAGUUGCACUAUUUUUUAUGCUUGUUUAAUUUCAAGUUUUAAGAUUUGAAACA